AUGUCGCUUAAGCCAAUCAAGCUCUACGGCCACGGCCCCGGCCCUAAUCCCUGGAAGGUCGUCAUGGUCUUCGAGGAGCUCAACAUCCCCUACGUCAACACCGUGGUUGACUUUGCGGAUAUGAAGAAAGAACCUUAUGUAUCUGUCAAUCCGAAUGGCCGCGUCCCCGCUAUCGAAGACCCAAACACCGGCAUUACGCUGUGGGAGUCCGGCGCUAUCCUCGAGUAUCUGGUCGAGACCUACGACAAGGACCAUACCAUCAGCUUUGAUGCCGGGUCUAAGGACUACUUCCUUGCCAAACAAUGGCUGCACUAUCAGAUGUCCGGCCAGGGUCCUUACUUCGGCCAGGCUGUGUGGUUCACCCGCUCCCAUCCGGAGAAGAUUGAGAGCGCCAAGGAGCGCUACGUGAAGGAGAUUCGCCGUGUUUCGGGCGUGCUGGACAAAUUCUUGGCUGAUAAAGAGUAUCUUGUUGGUGAUAAGCUCAGCUAUGUUGAUCUGGCUUUUAUUCCUUGGUUUGGUGUUGUUACUAUGUUUGAUGUUGAUCUGGCCAAGGAAUUCCCUAAUGUUGAUUCGUGGUUGAAACGCCAGAAGGCUCGUCCGGCUGUUGAGAAGGCCUUGAAGCUUCGCAGUGAAGCCAUCGCGGCACACUAA